AUGCAUUUGCAACUGUACGUGGUGGUCACGGCGGCACUCUGUGUGGCCAGCAAACCGCUGAGCAAGGCAAAGCUUCACAACAAGCUCCUGGUGAUCUCCUUUGAUGGUUUCCGGUGGGAUUACGACCAGGACGUGGACACACCAAACUUUGACCAACUGGUUCUGGAUGGAGUGAAGGCCAAAUACAUCACCCCACCAACGAUCACCAUGACCUCCCCUUCUCAUUUCACCACCAUCACCGGGAGAUGGAUUGAGGACCACGGCGUUGUCCACAACAUGAUGUAUAAUGCCACAACCAAUCUCAAACUUCCACACAAAGUUACUAUGACCAAGUCUGAGUGGUGGGAUAACGGUGCCCUGCCAUUAUGGAUCACAGCACAAAACCAAGGUCUGAAAACCGCUUCCUUCUUCUACCCAGGAGGGGGCGUCAGCUAUGGCGGCCAGUUCGUCAAUAGGGCCCUGGUGCAGACAGCGGGCCAGAAGGACGAUAAUGAGACUGAGUGGAGGGAGAACAUUGAUACGGUGAUGAACUGGUUCUCACAGGAGGAUUUUGACUUUGUGACCCUGUAUUAUGGAGAACCUGACAAUGUGGGUCACGCCAAGGGACCUGACCACCCAAAGAGGAAAGAAAUCAUCAAGCAGAUUGACCGCACCAUUGGAUAUCUGCGGGAGGCGAUCAGUCACCACAAUUUGACUGAUCGUCUGAACAUAAUCAUCACCUCCGACCACGGUAUGACCACCGUGAAAAAGCGACCACAGGUGGACGAGGUGGUGCUGAAUAAAUACCUGAAUUUAUUGAAGCACAUCAGUUUUGAGAUCCUGGACUACGGCGGCUAUGGUGUAGUGACACCGAAGCCCGGCAUGGAGCAGCUGGUAUUUGAUGCGCUCUCCAAAGCCCCGAAUGUGACGGUCUACAGAAAAGACAAACUUCCCGAGAGUUUUCACCUCGCCAAAAACGAACGCAUUCAGCCCAUCAUCAUCAUUGCAGAUCUGGGCUUCAACCUAAACUCUAGGUUUAUCUUCUACGUGAACAAAGGAGACCAUGGCUUCCACAACGGAGAGAUGGACAUGAAAACCAUCUUCAGAGCUUUUGGACCUGAUUUCAAACAGAACUACCUGGCAGAACCGUUUGACAGCCUCCACAUUUACCCUCUGAUGUGCAAGCUCCUGCAGAUAGAGCCCGCCCCCCACAAUGGCUCCCUGGUCUUCACCGAGGGCAUGCUGGCCCAAAACGGUGGGAGAAGGCUUGAGAUUUCUCUGUCUCUUCUGGUUUUGGCAGUCUUCUCUGUUUCAACCGUCCUCUAGUUCAGGAUCAACCAGGAAGUGGAGGAGCAAGCCAUUGGACAGACCUGGUUCUGGAGAAUAUUCUGGAGUGUGUAUCCAGUAGAGGAUGAUGUUCAUCAAACAGAGUCCAAAUUGUGUGUGUGUGGGGGGGGGGCAGUCCAGGUUUGGUUCAGUAACAUUUUUGAUUCUGUGAUUCAUUCAACAGUAUUUUACAUUUUACAGUGAUAAACAGAAUCAAAAAAAUUGAGCAAAUCUGAUCUUUUUUUCCUCCAAGCACGGACUUAUUUAUUUACACCUGCUUCCAGCGUGUCUGUUCUUACUGUAUGAUCCAAUGAUACUGCCCAUCUGAGAAACUCACUUACCAAAUUUAACUCCAUCGUUUAGCUCCAUGGUUAAUGUUUGUUGCUCCUUUGUCAGUACUAUUAAUGAGCCUGGCUCAGUGGCUGAGACCGAAACCG